GGAAUGGCAGAAUGGAGUAAUACCAAAACACACAGCAAAAAGGAGCUGCAGCACCAGCUCUGUGGUGUAGGAGGUAGCAGGCAGUGGAUCGCCCAUCCCUGGCUGUUCUGGGACCUCUGUGGUGGGAGGCUUCAGCACCCAGAGGGAUGCAGCACUGGACAGACCAGCCUGGGGUUGUGCAGCCAAAGACCUGCUGCAAAUGUGCAGGAAAACUGUCGGGGAGGAAGAGGUGUAAGCACGAAGAUGGAAGGAAGGGCUGGCACAGCUCAGCUGCAGGGCUGGGCUCUGCCCAGUGUGUGCAGGGCAGUGGGGCUGUGUGUCCACGUUAUUGCUGAUCUCUUCUUGUGCUUCAUUCCCAGAGAGCAGCAGCAUCCAGCAUGGUGGCAUUCUUUUGAUGCUGAACCAUUAAUUUAAGAGGUGUGCACCCAGCUGGGACAGGUCUGGGUCCUUCCUUGCUGUUAAUGAGCCAAGGAAAGAAUUGGGAAGCCCUGGAGCCAGGUGUCACUGCCUGACAGCCUGCAACCCAACAGGUCCCACUCCCAGGCAUUCCUUCCCACCCUCCACCACCCCCUCCUCUCCCUGCCCCAUUACACUGGGGUCAGGUGCCACCCGUGCCAGACACAGAGGUCCCAUGGGAGCAGGAGGACAUGGAGGGUUGCACAUCCUGCAAGCAGGGAGCAGCACAUGGAGCCCAUGGGCUCUGCUGCUUUUUCCUGCCUGCGGCUAUGGAAGUGAACCCCGAAUUCUGCAGAAAAACAUCUACUAAAUACUUCAUUCCCCAUGAGGAGCUCAAGCUUAAUAUUAGACCUUGACAUUAAUACCAGAGGUCCUUUGGGAUGGGGGGGAAGAAAAUCACCUUUCUGGUGGUGAUGUCGAUUCCAUACGGCGUUCAGGGCAUCUCCCCCUGCCCCGGGGCGGGGAGUUCUGCCCCCCCAUAGCGGAGCUCAGCACUACGGGGGUGGCGGAGCUGCGGAACGAGGGCUGCUCCCGGCGGUCCCUCCCCGUGCGGGGGGCGGGGGGUCCGCCCGCUAUAAGGGCGGCGGAGCGGGGCAGGGUGGCUCGAAGCGGCUCGAAGCGGCGCGGCUCGGAUCGGCACGACUUGAGAUCCCUCUCCAGCCACCCAGUGCCUCCCAACGAGAGAUGACCACGCUCCUCAACAACUCGCUGUGCCAACACGCCAUCGAUGACUUCCGAAACCGCGUCUAUUCCACGCUGUACUCCAUGAUCAGCAUCAUGGGCUUUGCUGGCAACGGCGUUGUGCUCUUUGUGCUCAUCAGGACGUUCCGGCAACGGACGGCCUUCCAGGUGUACAUGCUCAACCUGGCCAUGUCUGACUUCCUCUGCGUGUGCACCCUGCCCCUGCGUGUGGUCUACUACGUCCACCAAGGGCACUGGGUCUUCAGUGAUAUCCUAUGCAGGCUCAGCUCCUACGCUUUGUACGUCAACCUCUACUGCAGCAUUUUCUUCAUGACUGCCAUGAGCUUCUUCCGCUGCAUAGCCAUCGUUUUUCCGGUUCAGAACAUCAAUUUGGUCACGGAGAGGAAGGCUAAAUUUGUGUGCAUCGGGAUCUGGAUUUUUGUUACCCUGACGAGCACUCCUUUUCUGAUGAACGGGACUUACCAACACGGCAACAAGACCAAGUGCUUCGAACCCCCAGAAGACACCCAGAAGACCAACAUAAUCGUGAUCCUGGAUUUUAUCGCCCUCUUUUUGGGUUUCAUUAUCCCCUUUAUCAUCAUAACCAUCUGCUACACCAUGAUCAUAAGGACCCUCCUGAAGAACUCCCUGAAGAAGAACCAGGCCAACCGCAAGAAGGCCAUCUGGAUGAUCGUCAUCGUGACGGCCACCUUCCUGGUGAGCUUCACCCCAUACCACGUGCUGCGCACUGUUCACCUGCACGUGCUGCGGCUGCGGCGCUCCAGCUGUGAGGACACAGCCUACCUGCAGAAGUCGGUGGUGGUGACGCUGCCUUUGGCUGCGGCCAACUGCUGCUUCGACCCAUUGCUCUACUUCUUCUCGGGGGGCAACUUUCGGAAGAGGUUGACCACCUUCAGGAAGGCUUCCUCCUCCAGCAUCACGCAAGCCUUCAGGAAAAAGUUCUCCUUGAAAGAGAGAGACGAUGAACCUUUUGGGGAAAGCAAUAAGGAGAACGGGAAUGCCCCUGUGGUCGCUUCAUAACGCGGUGCGACCUUCCCAUGGGACCUCAGAUGGGAACGGAGAUCUCUAAACUCUUCCAAUAGAUGGGAGCCUUCACUGAAUCCCAAAAUAGACACCAAGUUAUUUACACGGCAGAGGUCAAGAUGAUUCCUGCCCCGCUCCCAGAUGCUUUUGCUUUGGACUUCAGUUUCAAAACGCAGUGUGCAUGUGGGGCUCACAGGAUCAGUGCCUGUAUCUGGAAAUCCCAGGUCGGGCACUGGGAUCCCUCCCUCGCCCACCCUGCAAGCAGCAGCCCUGAGUGCUGGGGCAGCAAGUCUGCAGGGGCCAAGCAGCAGCAGCUUCAGGGGAACUGCACUGAUGUGCAACCUGGAUGUGUCUCCAGAGGCACAGUGGUGCCUUGCUGCUGCUGAGAGGGGUAAGGAUUGGAUGUAGUUCCUUCUUUGUUCAAGGAGGCUGUGGAUGCCCCAGCCCUGGAGGCAUUCAAGGCCAGGCUGGAUGUGGCUCUGGGCAGCCUGGUCUGCU